CCUAAAUAUGAUGUUAAUAGUGGUGUUCAACCAGUGACCGGCGAAGUUGUAAAGCUUUAGGGGAAUUUCACUUAUUUUCAUUGCACUUUUAUACAACAAUUUUCCGAGUAAAGAAAAGCAUGUGGCAUAAAUUGAAAGAUAUAUUUGGAUACAAUGAUAGCCGAAAUAAACAAUCAGAAACAACAGAUAAUAAAGUUGACAAGAAGAAAAGUGAACAAAGUGCUUCUAAAUUGUCUAAGGACCAAUCGGAAAUAAAUGUACAGAAGGAAAACCCUUCAUCAACAGAACCAGUCAAUGUAACAUUAAAUGAGACUGUGUCCCAGUCUUACAAUGAACAAUUAACCAGCCUUGUGACUAAUGUGCAGGAAAAACUUCAUAAAUAUGAACGUCUUCAUCAUGAAUGUUAUGAGUGUAAAGUGACUGCGUCUUUUAUGUCGCUAUUUAUAGCAUCUGUUAUAGGAACUUCAUUAUUCAGGCUUAAAAAAGAUCUACAUCCAAAGAAACACAUGUUUGUAUACAUAGCUAAUCUGUCACUAUUUGGAAUGUGGGUUGGAUUUAUGAAGAAGGAAUGGUAUGAUGAAAAAAAGACCCCAAAGGGAGAAAAAUGAAUUGUACUUGGUGACUUGGGUAAAUGAUAAAUUAUACAUACCAGUAACUGAAAUGUUUAGAUAUGCGUUUAAAAAUGAAUGGAAAGAGCUUUACAGGACUUCAAAGGUGUAUUUAUCAGAUGAUCUACAAAAUAGGACAAAUGUUCUAGCUUAACAUAUCAGUUUUUGAUUGUAGCUUUAUUUGAACAACCCUCAAGUCCACACACCCUGGACCUACCUGGUGUCAUACGAGGAAAAAUGGUUGUGACACCAGUAGAGCUCGAACCUGCCAUUCCCAAGGUGAGAGGCAGGCACCUUCUCAACCACUUAACUUUCUUGAAUUUUGAUAAUGAAAUCUUUUGUAUUGAUUUACUUACUUAGAGUGAAUUUUUGUAUUGAUUUACUUAAUGGUGAAUUUUUGUACUGAUUAGAGUGAAUUUUUGUAUUGAUUUACUUAGAGUGAAUUGUUGUAUUAUUUUACU